AAAAAAAAAAAAAAAAAAAAGGAAAAAAAAAAGAGAAACGCCUAGAGAACAGUGCUCACCAUCACUCGUCUCCUUGCUCUUGCUCAACGGUCAUAUGGCGUUGGUGGGAACCAAAUCCCUCCAUAGUCUUCUUGUUUCGUCUCAUCGGAGCAAUCCACCGGCCUUUUGUCUCCAAAUUUCUCGUUAUUCCUCUAAUGGUGCACCCUUGGGUUCCAGUUCUCUCGCUUUGAAUCGUAAACGCCAAAUUUAUAGUCCCAUCAGAGCCUGCGGAUUACCCGAUAAGAAAGACGAUGGUGGAAGGAUAAACGAACCUGCCAGUGUUUCGGGUUCGGAAAAUAGGGUUACUUGGUUCGAGGCCUUAUCGACUUUUGCAAAUAAUAAUUUUCUUCCUCUAGCUCUUGUCACUGGUGUAGCAGUAGGAGUUGCAAAUCCGAGUCUUGGAUGUCUUGCUGACAGGUAUUAUCUCUCAAAGUUUAGCACAUUUGGGAUAUUUGUCAUUUCAGGAUUGACUUUGCGUACUUCAGAAAUUAGUGCCUCAGUGGAGGCAUGGCCUGUUGCAGUUUAUGGGCUUGCUUCGAUUCUUUUGCUUACUCCAUAUUUUUCUAGGCUGAUAUUGCAAAUUCAUCUUCAACCUCAAGAAUUUGUAACAGGAUUAGCAAUAUUUUCCUGCAUGCCUACUACAUUAUCAAGUGGUGUGGCACUAACUCAGCUUGCUGGUGGGAAUUCUGCACUUGCUCUGGCAAUGACAGUGAUAUCAAAUAUGUUAGGAAUAUUGGCUAUUCCAUUUUCUAUCUCAAAAUUUAUAUCUGCUGGAGUUGGUAUCACUGUUCCAACAAAGGAGUUACUCAGAAGUCUUGUACUUAUCCUGCUAAUUCCUCUCAUUUUUGGAAAGAUCUUGAGAGAGUCAUUCAAAGGAGUGGCUGACUUUGUUGAUGGAAAUCGAAAGCUUUUCCCAAUGAUUAGUGCAAUUCUUCUCAGUCUCGUGCCAUGGAUGCAAGUGAGCAGAUCAAGGUCACUACUUCUGAUGGUCAAGCCUGAAAUAUUUCUCGCAGCCAUAGGAAUGGGAACAUUCUUGCAUCUCGCCUUAUUGGCCUUUAAUGCUCUUGGUAUACGAACCCUAGCAGCCUUUUCUGGUGGUAACGAGUCUAUUUUCUCAAGGAGACAAAAUGCUAGUGCCGUUCUGCUCGUGGCAAGUCAGAAAACUCUGCCUGUGAUGGUGGCAGUCGUCGAACAGCUUCAUGGUGCGCUUGGUGAAUCCGGUUUGCUGGUUCUUCCAUGUGUUGCGGCACAUAUAAUCCAGAUUAUUAUUGACUCCUUUCUUGUCAAGCUCUGGUUUGCUUCGGAUGACUCAUCAAAUAAUGUGAAGGUAACCUGAUUGAUGUAAGGACAUUUGUUUAAUAUUGAUAACUUGGCAACUUCUACCAUUAUGCUUGAUGGAAUACUCAGUCGAUUAAUGAUACAAGAUACUGGACAUGUAAGUUGUUAUUGGACACAUGCUACUACUUUUUUUAUACAUAUAUUCGAUUCAAUCAUAUGUGGAGGUAGAGAUUUAAAACCUCGAAUCUUUUGAUUGAA